GUAAACCAAUCCAUCAACUUUCUUCUAGAGAAAAGAAAUGUCAAAUGUCCAAAUAUUGGCUUUGGUCACUUUGGCUCUAAUUAUAGUCCAAACAAAAGCAGAUAAAAUUGAAUGUGAUGAUUUGAUACCGCAAAUGAGUUCUUGUCAUGGGUUUUUGCUAAGUCAAAGUGCAACACCAAGCCAAGAGUGUUGUGUUAUACUGCAAGAUUUGAGUAGAGAUGUUGUUACGUCCCAACCAAAUCGUCAAGCUAUGUGCCAAUGCUACAAAGCUGCUACGCUAACUUUCCCUAUAGAUAUUCAGAAAGCUCAGAGACUUCCUCAGCUUUGCAACUUCACUAGCACUAUGCCCAUUGAUCCCAAUGUUGAUUGUUCCAAGGUUUGAAUGAAGUAUAAAACCAUCAAAAAGUAGAAGAAAUACAAUCCUAUGGUGCAAUAGCAAUGAUGCCUUCUGAUAGGAAAUGUCAUUUCCCUCCGGCAAUUUGCAAUUCUAUUUUUAAAUAAUAGCUAUCUAUUGAAUAGCUAACUUUGUCUUCAGUAAUGAAACUCUCUCCUUCUAUGCAUG